AUGGCAUUUCUUUUCAGCUUCUUGAUUCUAGCAUUUCUUGUAUUCAUCAUCUUAAUUUUCUCAGCAUCUUCGACAAAGAAAACUCUACAAACCACCACCAACGAACCACCAUCGUAUCCACUCAUUGGCUCCAUACUCUCCUUCAACAAAAACCGUCACCGUCUUCUCCAAUGGUACACCGAACUCCUCCGUCUCUCUCCGUCUCAAACCAUCUCAAUUCCUCUCCUCGGAAACCGUCGCACCAUCGUCACAGCAAACCAAGAAAACGUCGAGUACAUUCUCAAAACAAACUUCUUCAACUUCCCUAAAGGUAAACCUUUUACCGAUCUCCUCGGUGAUCUCCUCGGAAAAGGCAUUUUCAAUGUCGACGGUCACUCAUGGAGCUCGCAGCGUAAACUCGCUAGCCACGAGUUCUCGACUCGCUCGCUUAGGAGUUUCGCUUUCGAGGUUCUUAAAGACGAAGUCGAAAACCGUCUCUUACAGGUUCUUUCCGCGGCGGCUGAUGAUGGGAAGACCGUGGAUUUGCAAGAUCUUUUGAAACGUUUUGCUUUCGAUGUUGUUUGUAAAGUCUCGUUGGGUUGGGAUCCGGAUUGUUUGGAUUUAACCCGACCCGUAAAUCCUCUUGUGGAGGCGUUUGACACCGCGGCUGAGAUUAGUGCACGCCGUGCCACGGAGCCGGUUUACGCUGUUUGGAAAGUGAAGCGUGUGUUAAACGUGGGAAGCGAGAGGAGGUUGAAGGAAGCGAUCAAGACCGUACACGUGUUGGUAUCUGAUAUUGUGAGGGCUAAGAAGAAGAGUCUUGAGAUCGGGACCGGAGAAGAAGCCAAGCAAGAUCUUCUGUCGAGGUUUUUAGCCGCCGGCCACGACGGUGAAGCAGUGAGGGACAUGGUUAUUAGUUUUAUCAUGGCGGGAAGAGAUACGACGUCAGCAGCGAUGACGUGGCUGUUUUGGUUGUUGACUGAAAACGAUGACGUGGGGAGGAAGAUUUUAGAAGAAGUAGACCCUUUGAUAAGUUUAGGGUUAGGGUUUGAGGAACUGAAGGAGAUGAGUUACACGAAGGCUUGUCUAUGUGAAGCCAUGAGGCUUUAUCCUCCGGUGUCGUGGGACUCUAAGCAUGCCGCAAACGACGACGUUUUGCCGGAUGGGACACGUGUCAAGAGAGGAGAUAAGGUGACUUAUUUCCCAUACGGUAUGGGGAGGAUGGAGACGCUAUGGGGAAAGGAAUGGGAGGAGUUUAAACCGAACCGGUGGUUUGAAUCUGAACCGGGGAGUGCACCGCCGGUUCUGAAACCCGUUAGUCCUUACAAGUUUCCGGUAUUUCAGGCGGGACCGAGGGUUUGCGUAGGGAAGGAGAUGGCGUUUAUGCAGAUGAAAUACGUCGUUGGUUCUGUUUUGAAUCGGUUUGAGAUUGUACCGGUUAACAAGGACCGUCCGGUUUUUGUUCCUCUUUUAACGGCUCAUAUGGCUGGUGGGCUCAAGGUGAAGAUCAAAAGGAGAAGUCAAUGUUGA